ACAAUGAGACAGGCCUGCUCCAUACCUGCUAGAUCCUCUACUUUGAAAUGGCUUUCGGAUGUCAAGCAUCUUAGUUUGCCUACUUCUUUGGCCGAGUCCAUUUAACAUCCAAGACGCCUUAACAUAUGGAGGCACUCACAUCGCCUUAUUGUCUUUUUGGCUCUAUAUAAUUUUCACAUCAUUCUAUUUUUCACUUUAAAGUAUAGUUUGAGGUAAAAAGUUUCAAACUCUAUUCUAUUUUUCACACUAUAACUAGAGUAAAAAUUUGGUGAACAAUAAAAAACUAAGUAAAAUUUUGUGUUAAGAAAACUCGAGUAAAAAAAUUGGUUAAAUCUAUUUAUAAAUUAACUCAUUUAUUGUUUGUUCGUUAUUUUAUUUUUAUAAUCUAAAAUAAAGUAAUAAUGGAAUAAAAUCUAAUUCUAAUAUAAAAUUAAUCUAUUUUGAAGAAAAAGUAGAAGGAUCCAUUGGAGAUAAUUUUAUGUUACUCGUUUAAAACUGAAUGUUUUAUGGAUUAUUAAAAUAUCUUAAAAGUAAGAAUUCGUAUUAAAAAUCAACAACAUAAGAAUUCGUAUAAUCAGCAACAUUCGUACGUCUCUUAAAUUCAUAGGGUUGAUGUGUUAGUGGUGCCUAGAUCUUGUGUUUGUUUGUUCAAAGUCAACAAUUAUUUAUUCCCAAAAUGUGCCAGUCAAUCCAUUACUGAAUUGAAUAAUGACUUAGAAUUUAUGAAUUAUUUUUAUAGAAGAAAAUCCGUAUAUUAUCUUUCUAUUCAAAACGAUGAGAAUAAAAUAAAGUCUAACCAACAAAAUUUAAAGGAAAUAAAAUCUCGGUGUGGAUAACAAAAUUCAACAUUAAGAUUAUGAAAAAUGAUACAUUUGAUUUUUUUAAAAGAACGAAUAGACUAUACAUUUUUUUAACUUUAUCUGAUGCGUUCCAAAAGAGGUAAGAGUAUCUCCAAAAUAUCAUGACCAUUGACGUUUGUUUGUGUAUAUAACAUUAAUGUCAUUUACUCUUCUUUGAUUCUGCUUGUAACUCUUUGCUCUCAUCCUCCAUUUCUCCUCUCAAAAUGAAAAGCUUUGACGCGGUGCAUAAUCCCUCUGCGGUGGAAUCCGCUGACGCCAACGUCGACGAUGAUGGUCGGGAGAAGAGAACGGGGACGUUGAUGACGGCGAGUGCGCACAUAAUCACGGCUGUGAUAGGUUCCGGAGUGUUGUCGUUGGCUUGGGCUAUAGCACAACUUGGUUGGGUGGCAGGAACAUUGAUUCUUGUAACUUUUGCCGUCGUCAAUUACUACACAUCCACUAUGCUCGCCGAUUGUUAUAGAUCGGACGCAGGAGCUCGCAACUAUACGUACAUGGACGUCGUUCGAUCUUACCUUGGUGGUAGGAAAGUGCAGUUAUGUGGACUGGCACAAUACGGGUGUCUCGUAGGGGUCACUAUUGGUUACACCAUCACUGCAUCUAUAAGUUUAGUAGCGAUUUGGAAAGCAACUUGUUUUCAUAAAAAAGGACAUGGUGCGAAAUGCUCCAUCCCAAAUUAUCCAUUCAUGGUGGCCUUCGGGGUCGUGGAAAUUUUUCUUAGUCAGCUUCCUAAUUUUCACAAGCUCUCUUUUCUCUCCAUUAUCGCCGCCAUUAUGUCAUUCUCUUAUGCGUCUAUCGGAAUUGGUUUAGCCAUUUCCGUUGUGGCAAGUGGAAAGGUUGGUAAGACGAGUGUGACGGGCACGGUGGUUGGAGUGGACGUGACCGCAUCUGACAAAAUAUGGAAGGCGUUUCAAGCAACUGGAGACAUUGCAUUUUCAUACUCUUUUUCCACUAUUCUCGUUGAGAUUCAGGAUACAUUGAGAUCAAGCCCACCAGAAAACAAAGUCAUGAAAAAAGCAACACUUGCCGGAGUCUCAACUACAACUGUUUUCUACAUCUUAUGUGGCUGCAUGGGAUAUGCUGCAUUUGGAAACCGAGCCCCCGGAGACUUCCUUACUGACUUUGGUUUUUAUGAACCUUACUGGCUCAUCAAUUUUGCCAAUGCUUGCAUCGUCCUCCACCUAAUUGCAGCCUAUCAGGUGUUUGCACAACCAAUUUUCCAACUUGUUGAGAACAAAUGCAACAAAGCAUGGCCAGAAAACAAUUUCAUCAACAAAGAACAUUCGAUAAACAUACCAUUCCUCGGAAAAUGGCGCAUCAACUUCUUCAGACUGGUGUGGAGGACAGCAUAUGUGAUUUUGACAACAUUUGUUGCAGUGAUAUUCCCCUUCUUCAACUCGAUCUUGGGCCUUAUCGGAGCAACAGCAUUCUGGCCGCUAACAGUUUACUUCCCAGUGGAGAUGCACAUCUCGCAGAGAAAGGUUAAGAAGUAUUCUAUGAAAUGGAAUGCGUUGAAACUCCUUAUAUCGGUUUGUUUGAUUGUUUCGCUCCUAGCUGCAAUAGGAUCCAUUGUCGGCUUGAUAAAUAGUGUCAAGGCAUACAAGCCUUUCCAUAGUUAAGAUUAGUUAUUUGUAUCCUAAGCUAUCUGAAUUUUGUGGGAACUAUUUCUUUCAAUAAAAACAGUUUGUAGUGUUGGUGCAUGUCUGUCUGUCUUAAAGAGUUAACGGCGUUGGCCCAAACGCUCGCUUGUCCGGUGCGGUUUCGUCCGCUUAUUUAGAAUAUUACUAGUAUACUAUUAUGUGAUCAGAAAGGCUUACUUUUGAAGAAUGUAGAAACAGAUUUUCUUUGAAGUGUUCAAGGAAACAUUCAUAUUAUCAGUAUGUAAUUAAUGUUUUUUACAAAAAUCUCAAUCAUAUAUGGGAAUUGAACUAAUAUUUUGUAUUGUUCCCUUAAAUAAAAGGUAAGAAGACUAAGAGAAGAAUAAAAAAAAUUAUAAAUGGGAAGGAAAGCUUUUGUGAAUAAAUAUAUGUUGGUCAAUUCAACAGUACGAAAGCCAAAAGGAAAAGGAGAAGGAGAAGGAGAAGGAGAGUGUUCAAGGGAGAAACUAGAUCACUCCUUUAUCUCUAUGGUGUAAUUUGUAUGAGGUCUAAUAUUUGUAUUUCACUUGUUGGUUAAUGAAAAGUUCAUGUUGAGCAAAAAAACAAUGGGAGAAGGAGAGUGAAACCAAAGGAUCAAAGUUCAUGUCUUUUUAUACUCGAACAAAUUAUAAGUGUUAAAUACGACUUAAACUAAAAAUUAAUUUGAAUUGUAGACCUGAAUUAUCAACCAUUAUGUUCGGCAAACUGACGUCAUUUUAUAAUGGAUAAAAUCUUGAAAAAGUUGCAAUAGCUGCAGAUCGAACCAUGGUCCCGACGAUAACAAUCAAAUUUACAUACUACUGUGCUACGACAAAAUAUAUUGUUUGAUUAUUAGAUUUAAAAAAUAUGUAGACUUUGAUAUUCUAAGAUAAGAAUUAUUUUUGUUUACACAUUUUAUUUAAUUCAAAUAUAGUUGCAUCAGUAAUUUAUGUAUUUAAAAAAAUUUAGAUUGUUAUACAUGUAAUAAAAUAGAAAAUGAUAUUUCAUAAAUUAUUCAAUCUAAUUUUAAAAUGACAUUUCUCAACUAGUUAUCUAAAUUCAAAUAUUUAAAAUUAAAGAGUCUAUAUAUAACAGUGAUUACAAUUUUUGUCUUAAAGAUCAAAACUUAAAUUUUAAAAUAAACACUAUAAAUAAAUCUAAAUAAAAUUAUAUAAAAAUUAAAAUACAUAGAUUUACUUUAAGCUUUAUAAAUUAUAAUUACAUCUACAAUCUAUGUAUUUUAAGUUUUAUAUAAUUUUAUUUAAAUUUGUGUAAAUUUUUAUUUUAAAAGUUAAGUUUUGAUUUUUAAGAAAAAAAAUGAAUCACUAUUAAAUAAAAUUUGUAAAUAAAAAUAAUUUUUUUAUCUUAGAAUAUACAGAUGACAGUCUAUAUAUGUUUUAAAUCUAAUAAGAAAACAAUAGAAUUGUUGUAGCACAAAGGUACAUAAGUGUGCAUGAAAUCUUUGGGCCAAGGUUUGAUUCGCUGCAAGCACAUUUUUUUCAAGAUUUCUUUCAUUAUAAAAUGACGUUGUUUUGUCUAACAUAACAGUUGACUAACGCAGUGUUAGUCAAGGUAAGUUUUAUGUUUCACGUUUAAAACUUUAGUUCUACAAUUUAAAACAACUUUUGGAUGUCAGCUAACUCUAUUGCGGCCCAACCCAAUGAUCCAUUUGUAUCACAAACUUUACAUUUUGAUCAUAAGUUAUAAGCAAAAUAUCAAAUUACUCAGUAAAACUACUUUUGUAAUAUUCGAAUACAAAAUCAAUAAAUGAAUUUUUAAAUAAUAUAUUAACUUAUUAUUUAAAAAAAAACAUAUUAACUUAUUUAUUAAUUAUAUAUAGAUUGGAAGCUUUAAUUUAUUGAAUCUAACAUUUUUAUAAAAUAUUUAUGAAAUAUAAAAUUAUAAAAAUUAAAAUGAUAUAAAACAAUUAAUAUAGUUAUUUGAAAGAUACAUAACUGUAGAGAUUGAAAAAUAUGAACCUUUAAAUAUAAAAUUUUCAACAGUAAGACAUCAAAUAUAAGAUUUCAUUGUUCAAAACCUUAAAAUUUUAAAUUCUGAAGUUGUUUUUAAAAUGUAUAAGACUUUAUAUUUAAAAUUCUAAAGUUACUCCUUAGAGAUGCUCUUAAGAUAGCUUUUGAGUGUGAAAUUAGAUCAUUAUCAAUAUUAUCUUUCUAGCCUUAUAUAAAUAUUAACCGUAUAAAAUCUAGUCCAAGAUAAACAUUUAUUGUAAAAUAAAUUCCUGACUUUGAAUUAAGAAUGAAAGAAAAACGAACGAAUUCUAAGUCAAAUGGUAUAAAAGGAAAAAAGUGAAAUGGAUAUUUUACGAAAUCUAUAUGAACAGAAUGUUUAUAGUAUAUGAAUCCUUUCACUUAUUUUCAUGUAAAAUAAAAUGGAAAUAAUAUUCAAAUUUAUUUAGGGGGUGUUAUUGGUUCUAUGAUUUUAAUGGAUUUGAAAAUCCAAGCAAAAUCUAGUGUUAUUGGUUCUAUGAUUUUAAAAUCUGUAUUCAAAUUCAUUGUUAUUGGUUCUAUGAUUUUAAAAUAGAUUUCAAAAUUAGGUGUUAUUCAAUAGUAAGGAUUUGAUUAAGCAUUUGAUUUGAAUUUGGAUUUGAAUAGAUUUAUAAGUGUUUUAGAGAGUAAAAUACAAAGAAACAAAUAUUGAGUUAUAGCUUGUUAUUUUGAAUGGAUUUGUCUUAUAAAUUUUUUUCUAACAUUUAAAUUCCAAUAUCUCACGUUUCAUCAUGCAACAAAAAUUCCUAAAAGCCAUGGCACUUUCAUCAUGCAAUAUUCUAUUAUUAACACCAACUUUUAUUUUUCAGUAGAAUAUGUCAUCGUUUUUUUUUGGUAGGAGUAUGUCGUUUCUUUUGAACAAAAAGUUAUAUUUCCUAAUUUUUUUUUUAUUUUCUAUUAUUUCUAUAUUGAUUUUCGUUUUCCAUAAUACAUGUGUCAUGAUUUCUAUAUAAUCUUCAUUAUACACACAGAAUUUUAUAAACACACAAACACAUAAAACCUAAAACCAGAAGCAUCAAUGGGAGAAUCACAUCAAGAAACACAAGACCCAUCACAAGAACGAGAAAAAGGUUCAUAUAUUCAAUGGAGUCCUGAAGAAAAUAAAACUUUGAUCAAUUUACUUUUAGAUGCUGUUGCUUCGGGUUUGCGUGACAGUAAUGGCACAUUCAGCAAAUUUACGGUGGAGAGACGAAUUCUAUCUACUCUCAAUCGAAUGCAUGGAUGCAAUAAAACCUAUCAACACUACUCAAACAGAAUGAAGAUCUUGUAAA